UGACGCGGGCACGGAGGGUAUAAGUAAGGCCGGAGCGAGGUUUCCCCGGCCGGCUGUACUCUGUAGGGAGUGUGUCUGUGGAAGAUCCGUGUUUUAGCUCCACGUUCGGGACCAGGUUCUGUUGGGACCAUGUCCAAGCCGCUGACGGACCAGGACAGGAGGAAGCAGAUCUCGGUCCGGGGUCUGGCCGGGGUGGAGAAUGUGUCGGACCUGAAGACCAACUUCAACAGACACCUCCACUUCACGCUGGUCAAGGACCGGAACGUGGCGACCAAGCGGGACUACUACUUCGCUCUGGCCAACACGGUCCGGGACCACCUGGUGGGCCGCUGGAUCCGGACCCAGCAGCAUUAUUAUGAGAAGGACCCCAAACGGGUCUACUACCUCUCUCUGGAGUUCUACAUGGGCCGGGCUCUGCAGAACACCAUGGUGAACCUGGGCCUGGAAAACGCCUGCGAUGAAGCCACCUAUCAGUUGGGGCUGGACAUGGAGGAGUUGCAGGACAUGGAGGAAGACGCCGGGCUGGGGAAUGGAGGGCUGGGUCGUCUUGCUGCAUGUUUCCUGGACUCCAUGGCUUCUCUGGGUCUGGCUGCUUAUGGGUACGGGAUCCGCUACGAGUUCGGCAUCUUCAAUCAGAAGAUUCUCAACGGCUGGCAGGUGGAAGAAGCAGACGACUGGCUGCGUUAUGGAAACCCCUGGGAGAAGGCUCGCCCUGAGUACAUGCGUCCGGUUCACUUCUACGGCCGGGUGGAGCACACAGUGGAUGGAGUGAAAUGGGUCGACACACAGGUGGUCCUGGCUCUUCCCUAUGACACUCCUGUGCCUGGCUACAAGAACAACAUUGUCAACACCAUGAGACUGUGGUCUGCAAAGGCCCCCUGUGAAUUCAACCUGAAAGACUUUAACGUCGGAGGCUACAUCCAAGCAGUGCUGGACAGAAACCUGGCUGAGAACAUCUCCAGAGUUCUCUACCCCAAUGACAAUUUCUUUGAGGGGAAGGAGCUGCGUCUGAAGCAGGAGUACUUUGUCGUYGCAGCGACUCUUCAGGACAUCAUCCGGAGGUUCAAAGCCUCCAAGUUUGGCUCCACAGAGUUUGUGCGACUGGACCUUUCAACGAUGCCCGACAAGGUGGCCAUUCAGCUGAACGACACUCACCCAGCUCUCGCCAUCCCAGAGCUGAUGAGGCUCCUGGUGGAUGAAGAGAAACUGUCCUGGGAGAAGGCGUGGGACAUCGUGGUUCGCACCUGUGCCUACACCAACCACACCGUCCUGCCUGAGGCCCUGGAGCGCUGGCCCGUGGACCUCUUCCAGAACCUGCUGCCACGACACCUGGAGAUCAUCUAUGAGAUCAACAGGAGGCAUCUGGAGCGCAUCGGUAAACUUUAUCCUGGAGACUUUGACCGUCUGCGCAGGAUGUCCCUGAUCGAGGAGGGGGACGUGAAGAAGAUCAACAUGGCUCAUCUGUGCAUCGUGGGCUCCCACGCUGUCAACGGGGUGGCCCGCAUCCACUCUGAAAUCAUCAAAGAUACUGUCUUCAAGGACUUCUACGASAUGGACCCGCAGAAGUUUCAGAACAAGACCAAUGGGAUCACACCGCGGCGCUGGCUGGUCAUGUGCAACCCAGGCCUGGCCGAGGUCAUMGCUGAGAGGAUUGGAGAGGAUUACAUCCGGGACCUGGAUCAGCUGAAGAAGCUUCUGGACUUUGUAAAUGAUGACGCCUUCAUUGGAGACGUGGCAAAAGUCAAGCAGGAGAACAAGCUGAAGUUUGCUGCGUACCUGGAGGAGCAGUACAAGGUGAAGAUCAACCCCAGCUCCAUGUUUGAUGUGCAGGUGAAGAGGAUCCACGAGUACAAGCGCCAGCUGCUCAACUGCCUGCACAUCAUCACUCUGUACAACCGCAUCAGGAAGGAACCCAACAAGUCAUGGACUCCCAGGACCAUCAUGAUCGGAGGAAAGGCAGCUCCAGGUUACCACACGGCUAAAAUGAUCAUCAAGCUGAUCACUUCAAUCGGUGACAUGGUCAAUAAUGACCCUGUGGUAGGAGACCGGCUGAAGGUCAUCUUCCUGGAGAACUACAGAGUUACUCUGGCUGAGAAAGUGAUUCCUGCAUCGGACCUGUCGGAGCAGAUCUCAACGGCAGGCACUGAGGCUUCUGGUACCGGCAACAUGAAGUUCAUGCUGAACGGGGCCCUCACCAUCGGCACCAUGGACGGGGCCAACGUGGAGAUGGCAGAGGAGGCCGGAGAGGAAAACCUAUUUAUUUUUGGCAUGAGGGUGAACGAUGUGGAGGCCAUGGACAAGAAGGGGUAUGAUGCUGUGUCCUACUACAACCGGAUCCCCGAGCUGAAGCAGGCUAUAGAUCAGAUAUCUGGUGGUUUCUUCAGCCCCUCUCAGCCAGGACUUUUCAAAGACCUGGUCAACAUGCUGAUGAACCAUGACAGGUUCAAAGUGUUUGCAGACUAUGAAGAUUAUAUGAAAUGUCAGGAGAAAGUCAGCGCUCUCUACAAGAACCCCAAAGAGUGGACCAAGAAGGUGAUCCAUAACAUCGCUGGCUGUGGGAAGUUCUCCAGCGACCGUACUAUCUCCCAGUACGCCAGGGAGAUCUGGGGCAUCGAGCCCAGCCUGGAGAAAAUCGCUGCCCCAGACGAUCCUCGUUAACCCUCCACAGGUGCUUCCUUUCCUCGCCGUGUAGCUGACCACGUGGUCCGACCUGCAGGGCCCGGACCGGGCAGCCCCCCAUCACUCUGCACUGUGGCACUGUUUCUGGACAGAACCUACUGUAUCUUUGCACAAACUCUCCGCUUCCUGUUGCACUUAUUUGAAACAGGCUCAUGGUUUCUUUCUCUGCAUAUACUUACAGUCAGUUUUUUUGUUUGUUUGAGCUUUGAAGAAAACAAAUGUUUUAUUAGAUUUAGUGAGAAGAUGAAGAGUUUUAUUAAAACUAGAGGUUUAAAACGUUGUGGAAUCAUGAGAUUAGAUUAAAAAACGAAAGGCUUGCUCCCUCUGUAGUUUCUUUAACCAAAGCUGAACGUGUUGCCAGGAUUCUUGCAUUCCCCUUUUUACACAACAAAGCAGAUGUUGUAAACAUGAAGACGCCUCACACUGUGCUCAGAGGGUUAAAGGAAGACAUUUCCCCAUAUUUGCAGCACAUUCAUAUUUAAAAAUGUUUAAUAUAAAAACAUAGAUUGAUAUGUGUUUUAUGGUGUUAGUUGAAUGUAUUUAUUCCAUUAAAAUUAUUAUCAUUGAUAGAGGAGCAGCAUGUUUGUAACUGAUCUGUAAGUGAACAGAAACAUCUUCCCUGCCUGAAGCAGCCUUCAGAACAUGUGUGUGUUGUCUGCUGUACUUGUGUGUGAAACAUAGAUGAGUCCAUGAACUUGUACUGUAACAUUAUUGAUGUACUGUAACUUCAUUAACUCCUGCUUCAGCUUCCUGCAGCUGCCUGCCUGCUGGGAGGCUGCAGAAUCUGCUGUCCACAACAUUAAACUAACGCUGUCGCUGUUUGGUUCAGUUCAUUAAAGAACCUGAAAUGAC